AUGUAGUAUUAUGUCAAAUUCUCACCCCCUUGAAUCAUUUUCAAAAAUUUAGUCUGUUGCUACGAGUCAUGUUACACCCGUGAAGAGAACAAGCAAGACAUUGAAAACUACGGAGACCCGUGUCACAGCUUCUACUGCUAAGACAAGAAAGGAAACCUCGUCAACUAAUAGCGUUGGUGCAAUGAAAAAGACUCCCCAAAUCAAAAAGAAGCCAGUAGAGAAGCCCAAGGAUGGUCACGAAAAGCAAGAAAAGUUUGCCAAAAAGCCUGAAGAGUCAACUUCCCUUGAGAAAGUUAAGGAAGAAGAGCUAAUUGAAACUGAAAAGCCUGAAAAGGUAGAAGAAACAGUCAGUGAUAACACAGAGGUUCAUGAAGAAGUCGAAAAGACAGAGGAACAAGCUAUUGAAAAGCCAGUUGAAGAGCAAGUUGAGGCUCCAGUUCAAGAGCAAAAUAAAGAACAAGCUGAAGAGCAAGCUGAACAAAUUGAAGAGCAAGCUGAACAAAUUGGAGAGCAAGCUGAACAAAUUGAAGAGCAAGUUGAAGUACAAACUGAAGAACAAGCUCAAGAAAGCAUUGAACAAGCAAAAAAACAAAGCGAAGAUGUCCAACCAGAACAAGUUUCUAUUGUUGUAGAAGAAGACGUUCAAAGUAUUGCUGUAUCUAAUCAGCAAGAAGAUGUUCAUCAAAACAUCAAGAACUCUGAUGCGGAAAUUGCUUCUAUCACAUCUCACAAACCUCAGAUGGCUUCUCUCCUCAGUAAAUUUGAAAAUUUUAAUACUAAUGGUACUCAACCCCAAUUACAUACUACCUUAUCAAAGGAGAUUCGUGCCAAGUCUCCUAAUCGUAUUUCUGAUAUGAUUAAUCGUUUUAGCUAAAUAAAUGCAUGCAUGCUUGACAGAUAAAAAACUACUUGUCAAUCUAACU